ACUGCAACCAAACGACUCGACUCUUUCGACUUCCUCGCCGUGAUCUUACAAAUAUUGUUAAAUUGUUAAAUCUAUGUUUUAAGAAACUUAAUUAAACUGCUGCAUGGCCCCAACCUAGGCCCGCGUCGGUGUUUGCUGUGCUGUGAUCGCGGUUCGGUUGCUUGCUGAUUAAAAAAUGCAGUCUCAUGUCCAGCCCUUUAUGUGUCGAUGAAAGCUCGUGUCCCCCCGUAAACCCACGUAACUGUAAUAUCCCAACCAAGAAGCCAAAUCCAAAACAAGCACAUACACAUGUCACAAUCGCCUCAAUACAAGCGCCAGAAGAUGUCCCACGGAAAAAACUUUGGCGACGGGGACCCGUUCAACUACGAAGAGCUCAACAUCAUUGGAACAGGCGCCUACGGGACUGUCUACAGGGCUCGGGACACAGUUACGGGCAACAUUGUGGCCCUCAAAAAGGUCCGCAUCGCCCUCAAUGAGAACGGAGUCCCAAUGUCCACGCUGCGGGAGAUCUCUUUGCUGAAGCAGCUCAAUGCCAGCGAUCACGCCAACAUUGUCAAACUGUUCGAAGUAUGCCAGUUUCUAGAGCGAGACGGUCAACUGAUGAUUCUACUGGUCUUUGAGCACCUGGAGCAGGAUUUGUCCGACCUCAUCGAACGCCUGCCAAAAUCGGGCAUGUGCCCCACCACAAUCCAGCGUCUGUCGCGUGAACUCUUAACCGGCGUGGACUUUCUGCACUCUCAUCGCAUCAUCCACCGCGAUCUGAAGCCACAGAAUCUUCUGGUCUCCGCGCAGGGCCAUCUAAAGAUCGCCGACUUUGGCCUGGCCAAGACGUACGACUCCGAGAUGAAGCUGACUUCGGUGGUGGUUACGCUGUGGUACCGCGCUCCCGAGGUGCUGCUUGCCCAGCCCUACAACAGUUCCGUGGACCUCUGGAGUGCCGCCUGCAUCAUCUUUGAGAUGUUCAACCGGAAGGCUCUGUUCCCGGGCACAUCGGAGAAGAACCAGCUGGACCGCAUAUUCGAGCUGACGGGACGACCCACGGAUCAGCAGUGGCCCAAAACCAUCUCUGUGGCACGGGAGCAUUUCCCCCACCGCCCUCCCAAGCGGCCACGUGACUUCUGUCCCAACCUCUGCGAGUACUCCGACGACCUGUUGAAUCAAAUGCUGUCAUUCGACAUAGGCAUGCGGCCAUCGGCUCUGGUUUGCCUGGAGCACGAGUACUUCACGCAGGAGCCGCUUUAAGGCAUGGCCACCGGUGGAUGCGAUGGACAGAGCUCCCAGACGUGGUCGGGUGGAGUUCGUACCCAUUGGAUGGCCGCAAGCAGUGUUCUGUUCUUGUCAUAAUGUUCCUUUAAGUGCAGUCCAGCAUGUCGUUCAUUUUCCAGUCCAGGUGGGAAGCAGUCCUCCUGCAGCAGAA